AUGGCGAAGGGCAUCCAUCUUGAAGCAGACAGCACCACCCAGGAGUUCAAGCUGUACCACGGAAAAGGCGGCCUCUACAUCGGAAAGGCGAUCCUCAAGAACAACGUCUUCGUCCUUGACUUCGUCCCCGAUCUUGGCACUGCCGACAGCGACGCCAUCGUCAACUUCACCGACUGGAUACACCCUCCAGAUCUUGAUCCAGAUUUCAGUCCCGGCGGCUUCUGGUACUCCCACACCAUCCCUGAAACAGAACGAACAAGAGCAUUAGCGACAAUUCAGCAAUCGGCAACAGCAGAGACAACAUCGGCAGCAGCAGAGACAACAUCGGCAGCAGCAGAGACAACGACAGCAGCAGCAGGAACAUCAACACCAGUCGCCGGUCCUUCAACGGCAUCACUCCUCAUCGACGAUACACCUCCGACACCAGCACAACAGCUUAACCCGGCACGACGAGAAGCCCACCGAAGCGCUAACAUCACCGUCGGCUUCUAUUCGAACUCCGAUAUAUACCGACGUUCACCCGGACAUCGCACCAGCGAAGAAACCUGGCACGCAAGGAUGGGACACCCAAGCAACACAGUGUUAAACAACACGAUAAGAGCAGGCGUGCUCGACAAAGACUCACUCAUGUUAACCGACGGCAGAGAACUUCAGCGAGCCCGUGGAACGUGCUUCACCUGCCCUGAAGCAGACUUACCGCAUCAGCCGUUCCCUUCACACCACAACCCAAGCGCACCCGCAUACGCACCACUCGAAAAGGUGUACAGCGACAUCUUGUACAACCGCGAGCCCGGACAAAACGCAUACAACUACACCAUCACCUUCAUCGACGCCACCACUCGAUACGUCUGGCAUCUAAACCUUCCCAGCCGUGACAUGGCCUUCGAAGCCUUCUUGGCGUGGCUUCCUGCAGCGGAAAGAGAAUCAGGUGCGAAGCUGAAAAGCUUCCAGUCAGACGGGGGAGGAGAAUACACCUCACAGAGACCGCCAGCAGCACGAGCCGGCCGAUUCUCCCAACGCGCACAAUGGGGACUACACCUGGGCAUCGAAAAACACUACAACGCAUGGAAGAUCUUUGACGUCGCGACAAAAGAAACAGUGGCAGCACGUGAUGUCAUUUUCUACGAGCGGCUCACACUGCCAACGUACCUUGCCAACCUGGGCGAGAACCAAGACCCCACAGGUGGAUUUCGCGGAGACCGAGCCUUCUCCUCGGCAGAAGACGAAGCAGAUUGGGACGAGCAGAACGUGGAAGGAGCCUCGGAAGAAGCCGGACCACUUCCAUACUGCUCAGUUGACAUCCCGAUGGACGACGAAAAUCCUCGCGAAAGCAUCAACGUCGAAACGUAUUACCACUUCGCCGACAACGGCUACGUUACACCUGCACAGUCCACGGGGCAGCACGACAUUCCUAAGGAGCCUGCAACGGUUCAGCAGGCUCUGGGGGGGGAGCACAAGGAGAAAUGGCGUGAAGCCAUGGACAGGGAACUAAAGGCACUGGAAGAGCGCAACACGUGGAAAGUCGUUCCGAUCAGCGUAGCACGAAACAAGACAAUUCUUACCGGGAAAUGGGUCUUUCGUGUGAAAACGAAAGCAGACGGCACCAUCGAGAAAGAUCUUCGUGGAACACCGCACGGCACCAACGGAGAACCGAACAAGAUCUGUCAACUACUGAAAUCGCUCUACGGGAUUAAGCAAGCCCCGCGGCUAUGGCAGCAGUAUCUACACGCCCGUCUCAUCCGCAUUGGAUUCAAGCAACUGCCCCACGAUCAAGGGAUGUACCGGCUUACGAAGAACAACGACUACGUCUUACUAAUCGUCUAUGUAGACGACCUCCUCUACAUCGGCUCGACCGACGACAUCACCACCUGGUUCGAAGGGGAGCUGCAGCAGGACCUCACGCUCACGGUUUCAUCUACAGUCACACAGUACCUUGGGCUCAACAUCCGAGAAGAAGAAACUGCAAUCUACCUCAGCGCCGAAAAGUACGCCGACACCAUCGCCAAUCGUUUCGCUCUCACACCGACCGCGAUCUCCACGCCAUACCGCUACACGACAGGAACUGACAAGGGAGGAUCUACUCUACUGAAGCCCGCCGGCAUACGCGACUACCAGAGAAAGCUGGGCUGUCUUCUCUUCGCAGCUGUCACCUGCCGCCCCGACCUCUCAUAUUCCGCAAGCCAGCUCGCUACCUACCUCAAAAGGCCCGAAGCAGAACACCUGGCGGAGCUCGACCGCGCUCUUCACUACUUCGUCAGCACUCCAACGAUCGGCCUAACGUAUCACAGGAAUGCAACUACACCGACUAAGCUAAUCGGUUAUGUCGAUGCCGAUCACGCCGGCGAUUCCGACAAUAGGCGAUCCCGCACCGGCUACAUCUACCGCCUCGAGCCUAUCGGUCCUAUCUCCUGGCAGUCGAGUAAGCAAGAACUAAUCGCCCUCUCAUCAGCUGAAGCAGAAUAUAUCGCACUCUGCUCAGCCACCAAGGAAGGACUUUACCUUCGCGAGCUGCUGGAAGAAGCGAAGUUGGCCGAGUUACCUAAUUUCACUCUGUUCUGCGACAACCAAUCUGCAAUUCGCAUCGCCAACAAAAGUGGGUUCGCGAACAGAACGAAACAUAUCGCCCUGCGAUAUUUCUUCGUGAAAGACGAGAUCGAGAAGGGGAGACUUGAACUAUCCUAUUGUCCCACAUCCGAGAUGGCAGCCGACUAUUUGACCAAGAAGCUCGGAAAGCAGAAGUUCGAGUACUGCAUGCUGCUGACUGGACAAGGCCACGUCACCUGCAGCGACACUCCAGAAGCGAAGGGGAGUGUUGGAAACAAGUAA